CAUUGACCGAGUUGCUUGCCCGUGACGUCUCCACGCACAAGCAGGCUACGCGGCCUCGUAACCGUCCAGCAUACACGCAGUGCAACCCUCAGCAACCGCCUAUCCUAUCCCCCUUCCUCCUUCCCAAUACACCAGACAAUUGUUCAAGAUGUUCCGCAACAUGUACGAUUCGGAUGCGUCGACCUGGUCACCCCAGGGACGACUGCAUCAGGUGGAAUAUGCUCUGGAAGCUAUUAAGCAGGGAAGUGCUUGUGUGGGAUUGGUGUCGAAGAACCAUGCUGUAUUGGUUGCGUUGAAGCGCAACGCAGAAGAACUCGGUUCUUACCAGAAAAAGAUCAUCCGCGUAGACUCCCACGUCGGCCUCGCCCUCGCCGGCCUCGCUCCCGACGCCCGCGUCCUCUCAAACUUCCUCCGCCAACAAUCCCUCUCCUCCCGCAUGCUCUACAACCGUCCCCUUCCCCUCUCCCGCCUGGCCGACUCCCUCGCCGACAAAGCCCAAGUCCACACCCAACACUACGGCUCACGCCCCUACGGUGUCGGCCUCCUCAUCGUCGGUGUUGACGAAACCGGCCCGCAUCUGUGGGAGUUUUUGCCGAGUGGGCAGUGUUUGGAGUAUUACGCUUCCGCACUCGGUGCGCGUUCCCAGGCGUCGAGAACGUACUUGGAGAGGAAUUCGCAGAGUUUUGUUGGGGUUGAGAUGAGUGCGGAGGAGUUAAUCAUGCAUGGGUUGAAGGCUUUGAGGGAUUCGCUGCCACAGGAUAAGGAGUUGACGGUGGAGAAUACGAGUGUGGGUGUUGUUGGAAAGGGAGAGGCGUUCAAGUUGAUUGAGGGGUGGAGCUCAGGCUGAGGGUGGACAGCAGGGCGAGGCCAUGGAGACUGAUUAGAGAGAUGUGAGAUGUGGAAAGGGUCGCGAAAGGAUACAGGCGAUUGUUUUG